AGACAUGGUGCCAAUUCAAGCGGUUGAGAGAGAUGGUUUUAAACAGCUUUUAAAGACGUUAGAUCCAAGAUACACACUGCCUGGACGAAAAUACUUCAGUGAAACAGCGCUACCUAAAUUGUAUGAAUCAUGUCGCCAAACUCUUGCGCAUGAAGUGCAGAAGGUUUUACAUUUUGCCACAACAACCGAUUUGUGGACAAGCAGAACGUCAGAGCCAUACCUCUCCCUUACGGCACAUUUCAUUGAUGAAACUUGGCAACUCCAAAGCUACUGUCUGCAGACAUCGUACUUUCCGGAUGACCACACAGGCGACAUAAUUGCUCAAGGUCUAAAGGAUGCGCUGGCAUCAUGGUCGUUGCCCGAAGAUCGCAUGGUUUGCAUGACAACAGACAGCGGGGCUAACGUUGUCAGUGCACUGCGGAUUAACAACUGGCAGCGGCUUCCUUGUUUUGGCCACAGGCUUCAUAUUGCCAUUGAGAGGAGCAUGCGGGACCCUAGAAUAGACAGAGCCAUUGGAGUUUGCAAGAAAAUGGUCGCUGCUUUUUCCAGCAGCUGGAAAAAGAAAAAAGCUCUUGCUGAUGCACAAGAGCAGCUUAAGCUUCCUCAACACAAACUGAUCACAGAGUCACCAACAAGAUGGGGCUCAAGACAGCGCAUGAUUGAGAGGUUUCUUGAGCAAGAAAAAGCCAUUCGUCAUGUUUUAACUGCAGACAAAAAGCACAGGCACCUUGUGCCAACAUGGCAAGAUGUUGAGGUGCUGGAGGCAGUAAGCAAAGCACUUGGACCUCUGCUAGAAUUUACUGACGCUCUGUCAGGUGAGCAACUUGUAACAGUUUCUUACUUAAAACCUGUGUUGUCCUUGUUCAACACUGAAGUUCUGGCGGUGAAGUCUGAUGACACAGAGCUUACCAAAAAAAUCAAACAAACCAUUUUGGAGUACCUGAACACAAAGUACUCUGAAGACUGUGUGGAAGAGUUGUUGAGUUUGGCAUCCACACUUGACCCACGGUUCAAAAACCGCUAUAACAAUGAUGGCAGGAUCAAAACCAUUGAGACAGCAGUGACUGCAGAACUCUUAGCUAUGGUGACAGAGGAAGACAGCCCUACCCCAGGCCCAUCAACUGCUGCUCAGGCUACAACAGUGGAACCUGAAGCAGGUGACGCCUCUGAGCCAGCAAAAAAGACCAAAAAGUCUUUUGGCAGUUAUUUCAAGAAACCACAGGAAUUCAGAGGCGAGUCUCUGCACAUUGCUAUAGAAAAGGAGAUCCAGAGCUACUUAAUGAUACCAGAGGUGGACAGUGAUGUAAACCCACUUGACUGGUGGAAAACACAAGAAAUAAAUUUCCCCAGACUUGGGAAACUAGCAAAAAAGUACCUAUGCAUCCCUGCCUCAAGCAGCCCUUCUGAGAGGGCUUUCAGCACAGGAGGAAAUAUUGUUACAUGUCACCGUGCAGCUCUCAAGCCAGAUGCUGUGGACAGGCUGGUGUUUUUAUCACACAACUUGAAACGCAUGUAGAUCCAAAGAAACCCAGUUAAUGGCAAAAAAUUGUUCAAGCUGCUGAAAGCCUGUUUCCUCUGUUCAAGUGACUUUUACAUUAUAAAGGCUAUUUUACCUUUUAGUCUUUAAAUCAGUAUAUUUUUUUCUUUAGUGCAAGAUUUGACAAAUCUGAAGGGUUUCUAAUUUUACAGCUGUUACAGCCGUUUACUUUUUGUGCAAUAUUGGACAGAACUUUAAGUCAGUAAUUUAAUUGAGAGAAUAAAUGGGCUAGUUUUUUGUAUUUUUGACUAUAGCACAUUUUACAGAAGGGAGUAAUUUGUUUACAAAGAUUUUCUAGUGAUGUU